GGGUUCCGGGCCGGGCGGGGCCGGGCGCGGUGCGGGUUCCGGGCCGGGCGGGGCCGGGCGCGGUGCACGUCGGGCCGGCGGCGGACCCGGGCCCGGCGGGUCGCUCAGGUCGGUGUGGGGGAUGGCGGGCGGCGAUGGCGGCCGGGCCCGGAGCCGCCUCAGCCCCCCCGGUGCCGCGCGGGGGGAGCCCCCCGUGUCCCCGCCCCGCCCCGCCGCCCUCGCAGCCCGUGCCGCGGGUUCCCCGGUGUGUCGGGGGCACGGCGGUGCGAGGGCCGCGGCAGCAGCCCCGGGGAGCGCAGGAGCCUCCGGCGGCGGCGGGGGCGCGGGGCCAGGCGGCACCGAGCGGCGGCGGGCACGGACGGGGCGGUUUGCCUCGCUGCUGGAAAUGAAACUAUCAAAGAUGUGGCUGUCAGCGGUGCUCAGGAAGAAGGCGAGAUGAGCUAUCAGCAGAGAGUCCCUUUGGCGAAGUGUUCUUGUGGGGGUGUGCAGGCUUUAGCAUCAUUUGCUUAGAGCCUGGAAUUCUGUCCCUCGGAAGGCUGGGAAUUAAUCAGGAAAGGGAGGAGAGAAGGAGGAAUGAAGCUCAUCACCCCUGUCUCCUGCAGCACAGGACGUGCUCAGCCUGCUCGCAGCAAAGACGCCGAUCCCGUGUCCCACAGGGCCCUGGCUCCGGGCCCCCGUGCUGCCAGGCAGGAUCCAUGUGUGGGGAUCAGGAUGGAGAGCCUGGGGCUGCCAGCAGUGACCCUUGGGGAUGGCACCACAGCCUACCUGCAGCAGGCUGCCAGAGGUGAGAAGCUGAUUGAAGGGCAAGUCAUUGAACUUGAAGAUGGGACCACAGCUUAUAUCCAUCAGGUGACAGUUCAGAAAGGUGAGGAGCACACAUUGUCCUCUUUCUGUUUGGAAGGACAUGGUGCACGUGGCUGCAGCUCUCAGUGCUCCAGCAUUUGGGCUCCUCUGUCACUUCCAGCUCUCAAAAAGGCUGUGGCUUUUGAAGAUGGGCAGCCAGUGGUGCUGGAGGAUGGCAGCAUGGCCUUCAUACACAGCACAGCCAAAGAGAGUUACGAGCCCGGCACAUUGCAGGCUGUCCAGCUGGAGGAUGGCUCCACUGCCUACCUCCACCGUCCUGUCAUCGUGGCACCUGGCAGCACCAUCCUGCAAGUGCAGGCAGGAACUGGGCUCCAGGGCUUGGCUGGGGAGGAGGAAGAUGAUGGCCUUGAUGUGGCCACCAUUAAUGCAUUGCAGCAGUAUGGCAGGAAGGGGUCUGAUGAGGAAGAGGAGGGAGUGACAGACACCUGCCACGUGAAGAGUAAAGACUCCAGCAACAUUUCUUCUUCCCAGGAUUUGCAGGAGGAGGAGGAGGUGCAAAGCCACAGGAGGGGGCAGCAGGUCGGCAGCAGAGCUUUCCGCUGUGGGUACAAAGGCUGCGGCCGCCUCUACACCACUGCCCACCACCUCAAGGUGCAUGAACGUGCUCACACAGGUGACCGGCCAUACACGUGUGACUUCCCAAGCUGUGGGAAAGCAUUUGCCACAGGGUACGGUCUGAAGAGCCACGUGAGAACACACACAGGUGAGAAACCCUACAAGUGUCCAGAAGACAUGUGUAGCAAAGCCUUCAAAACCUCCGGGGACCUGCAGAAACACAUCCGCACGCACACAGGUGAGCGUCCCUUCAAGUGCCCCUUCGUGGGCUGUGGCCGCUCCUUUACCACGUCCAACAUCCGCAAGGUUCACAUCCGGACGCACACGGGCGAGCGGCCCUACACGUGCGCGGAGCCCGGCUGCGGCAGGGGCUUCACCAGCGCCACCAACUACAAGAACCACAUGAGGAUCCACACAGGAGAGAAGCCAUACCUGUGCACCGUGCCUGGCUGUGGGAAGCGCUUCACAGAGUACUCCAGCCUGUACAAGCACCACGUGGUGCACACGCACUGCAAGCCCUACUCGUGCAGCAGCUGUGGCAAGACCUACCGGCAGACCUCCACGCUGGCCAUGCACAAGCGCAGCAGCCACGGCGAGCUGGAGGCCACCGAGGAGAGCGAGCAGGCCCUCUACGAGCGACAGCAGCUGCAGGCUGCUGCAGCUGCUGACAGAGGCUCUCCACUGAAGAGUCAGCAUAUUGCUUUCCUGUCAGAGAUGGAUGAAGAAGAAGAUGCUGUGCCUACACAAGUCUCACUUAUCUCUCAGGAUGGGACAGAGCAGGUCAGUCUGUCUCAGGAGGAGCUGCAGGCCCUGGGCAGUGCCAUCGGCGUGGUGACGCAGAGCGGGGUCCUCGCCGUGCCCGAGGGAGGUGACGCUGGGGCCACGACUGCGGCCAGCACCCACGGCACCAAGGCACAGGAGGUGACCAUAGUCGCUUCUGGGGCAGUGGUGUCAGAGGAGUCGGACAUCGCCCCGCUCUGUCAUCAGCAGGUGGCAUUGCUGGCCACCUCCCAUGGCACCCACAUUGCUGUGCAGCUGGAAGAGCAGCAGAGCCUGGAGGACGCCCUCAGCAUGGCCACAGCAGUCAUCCACUACGAGCCAGUGCCACCUGACACAGCCCUGCCCGAGAAGGGGAGCUGAGGCCAGCGGAGCGCCGGGGCAGGGGAGUGGCAGCCCCAGCAGGGGAGGCAGGGGAGUGGCAGCCCCAGCAGGGGAGUGGCAGCCCCAGCAGGGUAGUGGCAGCCCCUGGCUGCGUGCGCCGGGGUGCCGGGGCAGGGACAGAGUCUGAGCCAGUGCCAGCGUGUGCCCUGUGCCAGCAGGGACGCUGACGGGGCACAGGGCUGCGGGGGUGACCCUGUCUGAGGGGCUCUUCCCUCCGGGGAGGGAGGGCAGAUACACUGGGCUGCUGCCUGCUCCUGGGCUCUGAGCAGCAGCCCUCUCUUCAGGGCCGCUUCCUGCCCUCUCCCUCUAGGAAUGGUGCAGCAGCUCCCCUUUCUUGCCCACCCCUCCAGCUCAGGGCCAAGUGGGCAGCACAUGCACAAAGCAAUAAAGGCCCAUCAGAGCAAGCCCAGGCUGUCCUGAGCUCGGUGUGGAGGGUGAGCAGUUCCUGCCAUCGGAGCCAGCACUGGGAUGGUUCCAACAGCAGUUCUCCCAUCUCUUUGUCCCAAUUCCUUUCAAACAGGGCUUCCGUGGCAGAUUCCUUGGCUGUGGAGCAGAGCAGCCAGCACUUGCCAGGAGCUGAGCUAGACCUGGAUGUAAAUGCUGAGUUGAAAUA